CUCUUCGUCCAAUGUGAAUAUAGCAGCUGUUUCUUCUCAAUCCACUCACUCGGAUGUCCUUUCCCAAGCCUUUCAUACUCAAACUUUGCACCAUUUGACCUAUCCACUCUAUUUUAAACUUUAGGUCCUGCGACUACCCCGGCAACUCAGCCUGUACCUAGCACUGUACCCUCUACUAUUUAACAGCCAGACAAGUGCGUUUCAUCCCUACAACUCGUCGAUCUCCCUUGUUCUACUUUGCAAAGGUAUACCACAUCCCUCCAACCCCUUUUUACAAUGUCAAUCCAAACUUCCCCAACUGUGGUCGUACCUUUGUUUCCUGGUCAAGGGUCUUCACCUGCUGCCCUAGCUUUGGCUCUUCAGCAGGCACUCCGUGACAUUCGCUCACCAUCUGGCCAAUUACUUUUGGCUUCAUGUCACGAGGCCUUCCAUGCAGAGGUGUUGAAGCUAACAGCUGACGAGCUUAACGAAACCCGCAUUUCCCUGGAAGAUUUCCAGGAAGCCACCUCGCUUCUAUCAUCUUCGAGUCUUUACCAGAACAAUUCCGUCAUUUCCAGCACCUCCCUCUUUCUCUUCCAAGCUCUGAGAUAUCUUGCUCACUUCUCGGGCUCACCAACGGAACCUAAUGGCCGCAGUACUUUUGCAGGUAACGCCGAUCACAGUCUUGGGGUGACUGGCUUCUCGUCUGGUAUCAUCACUGCAUGCGUGGUAGGAGCCUCCAACAGUAUCCUUACCUUCAUGUCGCAUGCAGUAGAGGCGUUCCGCCUAGCAUUUUGGAUCGGUGUCCGGUCUAUGCAGUACAGAAACAAAGAGCUUCAAUCUGCUGUAGGCUUCCCUGACACAGGACUCCCUUGGACCAUCGUUUGUGUCGGCUUGAGUAAAGCCGAUGUCUUGGGCUUCAUUUCUGAUUUCGAAGCCAAGAACGAUUGCAAUUCUUCCCUCCACCUGACGGCUAUUUUAGAUACACAACACGUCACCGUUUCGGGUCGCCCUGAUAUCCUACAACGUUUCUCGUCCUCAAUCUCAAUUUCCAAAUCUUGCACCAUUCAUCCAACAACUGUAGAUGCUUUAUACCAUGCGCACGUCCUCCACAAUGUCCACGCCCAAGUCUUGGCUGAUGUCGGGAAACAUUCCAUUCACUUUCCUGAUUUCUCCGACCUUAAAUAUCCUGUAUUUUCGACCGUAUCUGGGCAGCCUGUGUUACCCAGUUCUGAGCACUCCUCUCUUGUGGACGCAGUCCUUGACAUGAUAAUCGUGUCUCCUUCAGACUGGCUGUCUGUGGUACAGGGGCUCAGUAGUGCGGUACCGGCUGAUGUUCCCCCACAAGUAUUAAAUUUCGGCCCUAGCUCUGGUCUUCUCCGAAUGCUGGAGAAAUCACUCUCAACCAAGAAAGCUACUUUCACGGACGCGGCCGUUUCUGAUUCCAGCAGCACUGGUGGUCCGACGGGGAACUUCAAACAAGAGCCGAUAGCAAUUGUUGGAAUGGCACUUCGCUUGCCUGGUGGUGCAAGAAAUGCGAACGAGCUUUGGGAACUUCUCGAGCGAGGAAUUAAUACCAUUUCUGAGAUUCCAGCAGACCGUUUCGAAUUAGAGCGCUACACGUCUGCUAGCGCUAAAAGCGGCCGGGGGAUGAAGGCUCAUACUGCAAAUUUCAUAGAUUGUCCUGACGAGUUCGACUACAAGUUCUUCAAGGUAUCGCCCAGAGAAGCCAAGAGCAUGGAUCCACAGCAAAGACUUCUUUUGCACACCGCUCACGAUGCCCUUGAGAGUGCUGGUUAUGUUGCGGAUGCUACCCCGUCUUUCCAGCGUGACCACUUUGGUUGUUUCAUCGGUACUGCUACCCAUGAUUAUGCAGACAAUUUACGGGAGGAUAUUGACGUGCAUUACAGCACAGGAACCCUCAAGGCUUUCCUUAGUGGCCGCAUAUCAUACGCAAUGCAGCUUGGCGGCCCUUCCAUGACGCUUGAUACGGCUUGUUCAUCAUCAAUCGUCGCAAUCCAUCAAGCCUGUCGUUCACUUGUGAAUGGGGACUGCAGUGCUGCAAUUGCAGGUGGAGUCAACGUUAUGUCGAGUCCAGAUAUGUUUAUUGGCUUAGAUCAUGGGCAUUUCCUCAGCCCGACCGGGCAGUGCAAAUCUUUUGAUGCAUCAGCUGACGGCUACUCUCGAUCGGAGGGAUGCUCUCUCUUCGUUCUCAAGCGUCUUUCAGACGCAGUUGCAGAGAACGACGACAUUCUCGGUGUCAUCCGCGCCAUUGAUCUCAAUCAGAGUGGGCAGGCACAUUCAAUCACCCACCCGCACGUACCUUCCCAGGUUUCUCUGAUGAACAGGCUCCUGAAGAACUCCGGCAUCGAUGCGUCGCGCAUCAGUGUCGUAGAAGCACACGGAACUGGUACCCAGGCUGGAGAUUUUGCCGAACUCCAGAGUAUCCGUGCUGUUCUUUGCCGUGCUCGCGAUAGCGCAAAUCCCCUUCAUGUCACUUCGAUCAAAGCUAACAUCGGUCACUUGGAAGCUGCUUCUGGCGCUGCUGGACUUGCCAAACUUUUGCUCAUGUUCCAACACGAGACCAUCCCCGCUCAAAUCUCCCUCAAAAUAUUGAACCCACGUAUCACGCCGCUAACCCAGGAUCAUACAGUCAUCGACACGGUUCCAACACCAUGGGUGCGCGGAUCGUCGCCCCGCAUGGCGCUGCUCAACAACUUCGGAGCAUCAGGUUCAAACGGAGCACUCAUAGUGGAAGAAUAUCAAAAGCAAGCAAAAGCUCCAGCGAGUGGUGCAUCUUACGUCUUUGGUAUCUCUGCCAAGACUCGCGAGGUUCUCGAAACUCUCCGCCUUCGCUACUUUGACUGGCUUCACGACGCCAGAAAUCGCUGGAUUCCCAUCAGCGAUAUCGCAUAUACUGCCACCGCAAGAAGACAGCUGUACCCUUUCAGAAUUUCAAUUGAUGUGGGAGGCAAGGACCAACUCGUCCAGGCUCUUGCGAGCGCUGAGGUGUCUCAUGUUGAGGGAGAGUUCGGUCAAGUCGUCUUUGUGUUCUCUGGACAAGGCAGCUAUUAUCGUGGCAUGGGGAAGCUCCUCUAUUCGAGCUCUCCGGUCUUCCAGCGCUGCAUUGACAGAUGCCACCGGUACCUCGUGUCCAAAGGCUUUGCGGGUAUCCUUCCAAGCAUCAUCGGAGGGGCCGCGGAUAGUGGGUCAGAUGAAAUGGAAGAGUUCGAAGCGUCUCAAACUUCUACGAUGGCGCUAGAAGUCGCGUUGGCGACUGUGUGGAUACAUUGGGGUUUGACGCCUGCCACAGUUGUUGGGCACAGUCUCGGUGAAUACGCUGCUCUGGUCAUUGCCGAGGUCCUCUCGCUCGAGGCAGCCUUGUUUUUGGUCGCAUCACGCGCUCGCCUCACAUGGCGCGGUUGUGUGCCAGGUGCAACAGGCAUGUUGGCUGUCAGGCUCGGGGAGCAGCAGAUCAAUACCGUUCUGAAAUCUGGUUCAUACCCGGAUCUCUCUGUCGCUUGCGUCAACAGUGAUCGUGCUUGUGUCGUUUCCGGCGCACUGGCUCAGCUGCAAGCUCUGACAAAGGAGUUGGCGAAUACAGGAUCCAAGGCCCGUCUUCUGGACGUUCCUUAUGGAUAUCACAGCAAAGCAAUGGACCCAGUUCUGGAUGAGCUUACCCAGCUGGCACGUACCGUACCCUUGUCUUCGCCAAAGGUGUCCGUCGGUUCUACCGUUCUUGGCCGACUCGUUCCCGCAGGAGACGCUUCCACCUUCGACGCAACCUAUUUCUCUUCGCAUUUCCGCCAGCCUGUCCUUUUCGCCCCAACUGUUGAUGUCCUGUGCAAGCACCCCUCGCUUCCACAGGUAGGUGCCUGGAUCGAGAUGGGACCCCAAGCGUCAUGCUUGUUGAUGAUACGCGCUUGUGCAUCUGCUCCCACCGAAGCGGCGCUAUUGCCUUCGUUGAGCAAGAACGACAACGCUACUCUCACAUCCAGCCUCUCCCAGCUCUACAGAACAAGUGCUCCUUUGAACUGGCGGAAUGUCUUCUCGGAGUUGUCCCCAGCGAAGUGCGCUGAUCUGCCGCCAUACCCGCUUGAGAGGAACAAGAUUUGGGUACCAUACAAAGAACCUUCCUACGAACCUACUGCACCAGCUAAAACCGUGGCACCAGCACGAAGCGCAGCACCGCAAAAGACCAUAGCACCUGCACCUGCACCAGUACGAAGCGCAGCACUAGCACGAAGCACAGCACCAGCACGAAGCGCGCCUCCACAACCGACCAUCCCGAAAGCCGAUAUGAUAUCUGAAUACACCAUGCUUGGGUGGUGGGUGCAGUACCCAUCGCGCGAGAACGGCAACUCGGCCAGUUUCGACACUCCCAUCGAAGUUCUAGGUCCGUUCAUCGAAGGACACAAGGUUGCAGGGCACUUCCUAUGCCCGGCAUCAAUCUACCUUGAACAAGUCAUUUCGGGUGCAGAUCUUUCACGCCGCCAUCGCAACUUCGAUUUCGGGAAGAGCUUCGCUGUCCUCAAGAACGUCACUUUCGCGAAACCGCUUGUUUACCAUCCCCAAGUCAAUCGCGUUGUUCGUACGCAUGUGACCAUUCAAGAGGAUGGUACUGGUUCCUUCACUGUUACAUCUAGACUGCAGUCUUCUUCGGAUGAAUCGGCUCAUGUCCGCGGAGAGAUACGCUUCCAAUCCACCAAGGAGAUUGGUGCCAAUCUCGACAAUGAAUUCAGCCUCAUGCCCAAACUCAGUGUUUCGGAGGUUGGUUCACGGAAGGAAGGUCAAGCAGAGGUCUACAACACCCGAAUUCUAUACGAAGUCGUCUUCCCCCGUGUUGUCGAAUACUCCGCGAAGUACCACACCAUCCAGUCUCUGACAGCCAGCGCGAAUGGAAUGGAUGGUGUAGCGCAGGUCAAGCUUCCAGAUGCCCCACGACACUCCUUUGCCGCUCAUCCCGUCUUUGCCGAUACCCUCCUCCACUCCGUUGGAUUCCUAGCGAAUACGCAAGGCGCUGUUGGUGAUGCUUAUAUCUGCAGCGACGUCGGAUCAUUCCAGAUGCUCUCCGAGUUCAUUGAUCAUCAGCAAACAUACACUUUCCAUUGUCGCGGGUCGUGGACGUCCUUUGAGAACGUCUUUGUCGCUGAGGCUUUUGCUGUCCAAGACCAAGAGCCUCGCCGUGUUGUUGCGCUUAUGAGGGGUAUUCAAUUCAAGCGUGUGCGCAUGAAGGGUCUUGCUCUAGCUUUGAAGAUGGCAGCAGACGCUGUCCCUGCGCAGUCACGCAAUCGGACCGACUCGACCAGCGAUGUGCAGACAAAUGACUCCAGCAGGCCAUCUUCGCCGGAAACUCUAGUGUCUGAGGAUGACGUUAGCGUCCGCAUUAAAGAUAUCAUUGCGCAGGUACUCGGCCUUCCUACUGGCGAUAUACAAGAUCAUUCCGACUUCAAAUCGCUCGGCCUUGACUCCCUCAGUUCAUUAGAAGCUCUGCACGCUCUCAAAACCGAGGCCAAUAUCGACCUUCCUCAUGAUGCAUUCGAAUCUUUUUCCUCAAUCGCAUCCUUGAGCUCCUUUCUCGACAAAUCUAGCCCCUCUGAGAAAUCCGUAGAAAGAUCCUCACAGAAGUCUGUGGAAAGAUCCCAACCGCCAGCAGCUGAGACGACCGAAACAGUGUCUGGUGGUGACAGAAGCAUCCGCAUGAGAGGUAUUAUCGCGGAGGUGCUUGGCCUUCCGGUCUCUGAUGUAGAAGAUGACUCCGACUUCAAAUCACUCGGCCUUGACUCCCUCAGUUCAUUAGAGGCUCUGCAUGCGCUCAAAACCGACCUCAAUAUCGACCUCCCACACGAUGCAUUCGAAUCUCACUCCUCAAUCGCAUCCUUGAAUGCUUUUCUCGAUAAAUCCUCCUCUCCCAAGAAGUCCUCGGGAAGAUCGUCGGCGAGAACAUUGCAACCCGCAUCGUUUGAUGCUCGCAUGUCACGACUCCAAUCCGGCAAGGACGAAAGCGCUGCCCCGCUGCUUCUGAUUCACGAUGGCAGCGGCUUGAUCAAUCACUAUAGCCGUUUGACGCCGAUGAAUCGGGAUGUCUAUGGUCUCUCCAAUCCCAGUCUUAUUACCGGUGGAAAAUGGGAGAGUGUUGAGCAGAUAGCAGAAUCCUACACCAACGCUGUUCUGGCUGAGAAAACAAAGCAGAUCAUCAUUGGCGGAUGGUCAUUUGGUGGCGUUGUGGCUUUCGAAUCCGCUAAGAGGCUCAUUCGGAAUGGCGUACGCGUCCGCGGCAUCGUUCUCAUCGACGUUCCUUGUCCUGGCAAACACGUGCCCCUUUCAUCAUCUGUGAUAGACCACGUCACGAAUUCGCACUCCCAAGGAAUUGACUCAGCAACCAUAAGUCUCAUCGGGGAACAAUUCAAAGAAAGCACGCGACUCCUUUCUGUCUACAAACCAUCUCUUGAAAAGCUUGACAUUCCGGUAGCCUUCCUUCGCUCGUCUGAGGGGUAUGCUCCUGCGGGUUUGGACGUUCCUCACUGGUUGCAAUACCGUGGAAGCGAAACUGCCGUCGUUGGCGAAUGGGAAGCCCUCACACAGUCCUCUGUAAAGACUUGGGCGAUUCCCGGUGACCAUUUCGCACCUUUCACUCCCGAAAACAUCGAACAAACAUCCCAGCAGCUCAAGGAUGCGUGUCAGUUUGUGGAAAGGCUAUAGAGGAUACCCUGCAUUUUUUAUUUCACUUGCUCCAUACCACGUUAGAUUUUGUUUGUGCAUUGAUCUUUUGAAUCCACUCGCACUGCUUGCUCCAUACCAUUGUUUAUGCAUAGAUAUCUCUUCUUUUUCCGGGUCCUGCUUGCAUCUCAUAAAUUCCUUUAUUAUUACGCAUCUCUGUAUUUAUAUAUGCGACUACGAUUUCGGUCUUCCGUCUGUCAAUGCAAUUAAGUUUCGAUGUAUACAUUUAGGCCACAGAUUGAAAGGCAAUGGAAUAAAUGAC